CCGCCAGGCCGGCCCCCCGUCUCUCCCUCCCCGCCGGGCCGGUUUCGCUGGGUGCAAUGUUUUGCCGGAGCGCGGGCCGGGCCCUCCGGGAUCUGGCGCUGCUGCAGUUGCAGCCGCCUGCCCGGGCCGCGCCGCUCACGCCCCGGGGACCGGCCGCCUGCUACGGUACUUCAAUAACAUCUGCCAAAAUCCAAGUGAAUGGGGUCCACCUGCAUUAUCAGCAAACUGGAGAAGGAAGCCAUGCAGUUCUUCUGCUUCCAGGAAUGCUAGGGAGUGGUCAAACCGAUUUUGGACCGCAGCUUAAGUCUCUGAAUAAGCAGCUUUUCACAGUUGUUGCUUGGGAUCCUCGGGGUUAUGGAAAGUCCAUUCCUCCAUCUCGAGACUUUCCUCCAGAUUUCUUUGAGAGGGAUGCAAAAGAUGCUGUGGAUCUUAUGCAGGCACUGAAGUUUAAGAAGUUCUCCUUGCUGGGGUGGAGUGAUGGUGGAAUUACAGCUCUCAUUGCUGCUGCAAAGUACCCAAAUCUUAUCCACAAGUUGGUUGUCUGGGGAGCAAAUGCCAGUGUUACUCAAGAGGAUGUGAGAAUUUACAAUGGCAUCCGAGAUGUUUCAAAAUGGAGUGAAAAGGUCAAGAAACCACUGGAAGAGCUGUAUGGACAUAAGUACUUGGCAGAAACCUGUGAGGCUUGGGUAGAUGGAAUAUCACGCUUUGCUGAAAAUUCAGAUGGUAAUAUCUGCCAACAGUUGCUGCCAGAUAUUAAAUGUCCCACAUUUAUAAUUCAUGGUGAGAAAGACCCUUUGGUCCCACAAGCUCAUGCAGAAUACAUUCAUAAGCACAUCAAAGGCUCUCGGUUGCUUCUGAUGCCAGAAGGAAAGCAUAAUUUACACCUGCGUUUUGCAAAGGAUUUCAAUAGAGAAGUGGAAAAUUUCCUACGCUGACAUGAACCAUAAAACAAGUCAGAGGUGCUUAGCCUUUGCCUUGUUUAGGAAUUUUGGUUGGAAUUUCCAUUUGCAACGGAGUUAUAGGUCGGUUUGAGUCAUGUAAAAAAAAACAUUAAACAAACGUGCAUGAGAAGCAUA